CACUGGCUGGCGGGGAGCUCAGGCUUGUGGUGGGCUGCUCGUCUGCGUGAAGCUGGCAUGGCCUCUCGUUCCGCUGCAUCUGUUCCCCAUUAGCAGAGCCGAGAGUAUAAAGCAGGGCGCUCACAGGGGCUGAGGACACUCGAGCUCCUGCCUGGAUCAUGGGGUUUACCGUCUGGCUGUGCGUUCUCUGCCUGCAGGCGAGCCUGCUGUCACACGCCCUCGACUGCUCAGGAGCGGCGCGCGGCGAGCCGUGUGUGAGGGGACGGACCGCAGACGGACCGUACGAUGAUCAGAAGGAGCAGAGGGCGCUACCCUCAGCUGAAGGGCUGGUUUUGUCCAGACGGAGGAGACAGUCGGCGCGGAGGGGUCCCACCCACCUGAGCCUCUCCAGCCUGCCCGGGUCCGUCUCCGUCAAAGGUUUCCCUCACACUCUCACCCAGGUUGAUAGGUCCAGGCGGCACUUGGCUCAAGCUGCGAGUGAGAAGAAAAAGAACCAGCGUAAAUCCCGCCCUGGCUACCUCUCCCUCCUUAGCAACGACAAGACAUCCAACCCCCUACAGGUGAUAAGAGCAAAAAGACAGGUGAAGGCCGAGCCUCCCAAGAGGAGUUCAGGCCGCUCCGGGGCCUUCUCUGUCCUGGGAGAUCCUCAGAAUGACGGACAGAACGACAGACCCAGAAGAAGCACACUGAAGACGAGUGCUGCAAAAUGAAAUGCUCUCUCUCAUGUUGGCAAAGCAGGACAAGGGGUGUGAACAGUAAAAAAGAAAAUCCCGCCAAAAAAAACAUAAACAAACAAUGAAGAAUUUCUGCUUAUUUGGUUCAUGUCAUUUUGAUGCACGUGUCAAUCAUUACUGUUUUAACUGUAAGCUAACUUACUUGUCUCAGCCAGCCUGCACUUGCAAAUACUUUUUAUACACUAUUUUAGGGUUACUAAUAUAUUCCUGCAUGAUAUAAAAUCAAGUCACACAUGAUCCUAUGUUAAUAUUAUAGUUUGCCAUUUUGUUCUAACCUAUUUAAUCAUAGAUUCCUUAUGAAGAUGGGGGGUAUAUUUUUGCAUAAAUAUUUCUUGUCUUGUAUCAUAUUUCAAUAAAGGUUUAGUAGAGACAUUUGAA